AUGGCGCAACCAUGGUGUGUUACUGGUUUACACUCUCGAGAUAUUGCAAAAUACAAAACUGAAUUAGAUAACAACACUGCUUGGUUAGGAUUCACAAAAGAAUCGUUUGAUAUUAGUUAUACUGUAACAAGAGGUAUACAAGACAAGGAUAUGCCCGCUAUCAUUCAAAAAACAGAUGAACUCGUACUCAAAGACGUGCUAAAAGAAGUUAUGCUGAUUGGUGAUGGCGAAAUAAAAAUUAAUCAAAGUGAUGUGUUUCAAAAUGGUCAAUAUAGGAAAUACUUGGUAUUUUAUUAUCGCCGCUCUGAUAAUCUCUACGAUCUCGUCCGUGUUUAUGCCACUCAAAAAGUCGAGAUUAAAACAGCUAAGUUAAUUACAUUGGGACUUGCCAGUGCAGUUAGCGGUGCAAUAGCUGGUGCGUUGAUAGCUGGUCCGCUUGGUGCAGCUGUUGGUGGCGUUGCUGGAGCAGGAGCAAAUACUCUAAAAGCAACUUAUGACUAUACAACAGUAUCAAAUGUACUUUCUGGUUAUAUGUUGGGUGAACUUCAACGAUCUAAUGUUGUAAAGAUCACUAAGGAUAAUACUGUCGAAAUGGUUGUGUGA